CGGGCCGUAUCGUGCUGUCUUUACUGGCCAUACUUUCGAGAUUUAGCGGCGAGUGCAGUUCAGUGUUUCAGUUUCGGCGACAGCGUUUUGCUGGGACACUACGGGCGCCACUGCUCAUGCGAGUUCUGUCACGGCCGGACGGACGGCGCGGCUCGAGGUAUUGCGUCCUUCCCGUAUGUUUCCAAUAAUGUCGGACUGGAGUGAUUCAAGCAGUGAUUCAGACGUCCUGCCGGACUUCUCCUUCUUGGAAUCCUGGGAUGAGGAGGCUGAGAAGAAAGCCGGGACCGGACGCACGAAGCAAAAAAGGUGUCCAAUGGGGAUGUGGUAUUACAACCUGAGCGAAAGACAGCGACGGGCCGAGGAUGAAAGGAUAGCGCGCGAAUUGGCGCACGUGGAGGCCGACUUUCGCGAAGUCCAAAAGUUCGAGAUCACGUACGCACCUAUCGAAUACCGCACGCGCGGCAGUUCUCUGAGCCCCCGCACCCCGCCUCCGAGGGUCAGCAGCCGUCCUUCUCCCCAACCGUCCACCAGCAGGGCUGGCCUCCCGGAGUCUUUUUGCGGGGCGCAUCUCCCGAGACGAGUAACGUUUCGACUGACUGACGGCUCGAGCUCCGACGACGAAGGCGCGGGCGCGACUCGACGAUCAAGUCACAGGAUCGUGUCCAGCUCUGACGACGACAACGGCGCGAGCGCGCCCCGUACGCUGGAGGGCAGCGUCGCCGACAGCAGUACGCUCAACAAAGACCCCGGUGAGAGCAGUUCGGGCGUCGUGCAGCUCUCGAAAGACCGGGAGACGUCUGGCGCGUUGCUCUACAGCAUCCUGGAUGAGGAAGCCGGCGGUGAGAGCGACGCGGGGCGCGCGUCCUCGUCCCUCACGAAAGCUGACGUUGUCCAGAGGAGGAGGAAGAGGAUCGAGGAGCGGCAGAAUCUCGUCGAGGAAAUGUCUUCCGGCAGCCGCAGUUCCAGCGACAAGUCGACGCUGAAGCGAAGCAUUCUUCAGACGUUCGUCAUAACUCCGAAAUCCCGCAGGAUUUCAGGUCGCAUCAGUUACGUCCCCAGGACGCUGUACGCUGAGGCUGUUCGGGCCACUCCUUCGCCGAAGUCCAGCAGCGAGGAAUCGCCGGCUAGCUUGGAGCAGCGCGAGCCUCGGCCCUUGUUCUAUCUCUCCUCGGCGGCCAGCAGCUUCACCGAUGAACCGGCAAGAAGCACCAGCACGCCUGUAGGCAUGUUGUACUCCACCCCGCUGAGGGUAAUCUCCUUGCCAGACACCAGUGCUGCCCACGCGCCUCACUAUCCGCGCGGGCUGUUCGUCACGAAAGCAGCAAGCGCCGACAGAACGCAGCGUGCGGGCCGCCGUCGCCGCCGCCAGGUCCUGGACCGCGGGGAGACGCAUGUCCUCGCCAAACUGCCCGAACCAGGGUUCGCCGCAGCGGGUUCCAUUUCCCGGGGUGCGCAGCCGCCGAAAAAGUCACCCAGCGCUGCCCUAAGCCCAGUGCCGCAUGCUGUGACAAGCGACACCAGACCGCCGCAGGCUUCUCGGCGUCAUGACGAGCGCUCGACUUCUCAGACGAGCGUGGGCUCGGCGAAUAGGAGCACCUUGAUCCGCAUCGGUAUCGGGGACAACCGUGAGCGAGUCCUGUCGUCCGAUGCAUUGUCACCGUCAUCAGCUCUUGUCAGCUUCUGCUCGCCAAGCCGUUCUCGUACCUCACAAGUAGCACAGCAUACACGCACUGACCAGGUGCUGGGUAUGUUCAGUAACCCUUCGUGCAGCCGUGACACCAGUCCUCACCAAGCAAAGGAAGACGACCAGAGAAGAAGCCGCCGACAGCUAGGACUUCCCCCGGAGCACGGCCUCCUUCCAGAAAAACCACCCGCCACGAAAGAAGCCAGGCCUGUCAAGAUGAGUGAAGCCCAGUUGCCAACAGCCGUCGUAUUGCAGCAACCCCGUGAACCCCCUAAAUUCCGCGGAACGCCGUGCGACGACCCCGAGGACUGGCUGGAACAGUUCGAGCGCGUGGCGACCAUCAACAAGUGGAAUGACGAAGCGAAGUUGCAGUGGGUCUACUUUACACUGGAAGAGUCUGCGCGUACCUGGUUCAUCAACCACAAAUCCGUGCUUAGGACGUGGGAGGAUUUCAAAGGCAGCCUUCUUCGGACGUUUUCAAGCGUCGCUCGCAAGGAACGGGCGGAGAGGCAGCUGCAUUCACGCUUCCAGCUCCCUAACGAGAGCGUCGCUGUCUUCGUCGAAGAAAUGAAGCAUCUAUUUGGUCGAGCAGAUCCGGAAAUGCCAGAGAAAAAAAAACUCGGAUUCCUUAUCAGAGGAGUGAAGGAAGAACUUUUUGCUGGAUUAAUGCGCAAUCCACCGCAAACUGUCUCCCAAUUUGUAACGGAAGCUGCCGCCAUGGAAAAGAUUCUCGAUGUGCGGCGGAGACAGUAUGGACGCCCUGCUCUGGUAGGCGGUACGUCGCCGGCCGAGCUUAAUGCUGUAACCGUCAGCAACCUUCGGGACACCAUAAAGGCUGUUGUGCAAGAGGAACUACGGAAGAUGUUCCCGAGUUCUUGUCCUCAAGUCGCGACGUUGAGCGAUGUCGUCAGACAAGAAGUUCAGCAGGCGCUGGGGACCGGACCAUUAGUUCCACCAAGCCAGGAGCCUGAGUGGGCUCCACGAGGACCGCAAAUUGUGUCGUACGCCGCGGCCGCGCGCCACCCGGUGCGCCCCGCCCAACCGACGUACUCUCCACCGCCACGCCCACAACCAAAUGUCUACCGACCUCCUGCCGAAAGAGCCGUCCCUAGAAAGUCCGACGUGUGGAGGACUGACGACCAUCGCCCGCUGUGUUUCCACUGCGGCGAACCUGGCCACUUGUACCGUAACUGUUUCUAUAGGAACCUCGGAAUACGUGGAUUUCACGUCGGCGCUUCACGUCCGCAACCUGGUCAAAGGCCAGCCGAGAUUGAAGACUAUUUGCAGCGACAAAGUUCGCCAGCGGGCCGCUACAGGUCACCAUCGCCUUCGUCUCGCCGUUACCCAUCACCACACCCUGCCAACACAGGAGCAUCACGGGGAAGGUCCCCUAGCCCUCAUUUGGGAAACUAA